GUGGUUACAAGAAAGUUACACAAGGCUCGAAGCCGCCGCUGCUGCCCGCGGCAGGCGAGUCCCAGCGCGGGGAAGGAGACGUAGCCCGGCGGGGAGCCCGAGCCCGCACUAGCCUCCCCAGCUCGGGCCGAGCCGAGCCCGGCUGCUGCUCCCCCCAUGGGGCCGAGCUCGGGGCUCCUGCUCAUCGGCGGCUCCUUCGCGGCGUUCCGGCUGCUGAACCGCGGGCUGGAGCGCCUGGUGCCUCCGCCCCGCCCGGCGCUCCGCAACCGCUGGAAGUGGCGAAACAUCUGGACCUCGUUCGCGCACAGCCUGCUGAGCGGCGCCGGGGCGCUGCUGGGGUUCUGUCUCCACCCCCAGAUGGCGAAGGACCUGAUCGGAACUCACUCCCCGGCUGCGCACUGCGUGGUCUCGGUAUCCAUAGGAUAUUUUCUCCAAGAUUUUGUGGAUAUGUUGUGUAAUCAGAAGCUUCACCAGUCCUGGGAGCUGCUUUUCCAUCACUCGGUGGUGAUUAUCUGCUUUAGCGUGGCAGUGCUGGUUCAUCAGUAUAUUGGAUUCGCUCUUGUGGCUUUGCUUGUAGAGAUUAACUCCAUCUUCCUGCAUCUGCGACAGAUCCUUCUAAUGGCCAACCUGCUGCACACCACCUGUUACCGCCUCAACAGUAUCAUAAAUCUGGGCACCUAUGUAGUGUUUCGCAUCACCACACUGGCCUGGAUGACCCGCUGGCUGGUCCUAAAUCGUGAAAACAUACCACUGGCAACAUAUACUGUGGGCACAGUGGGCAUGGCCAUCAUGACACCCAUGAACAUCAUCCUCUUUUACCGCUUAUUGCGCAGUGACUUCCUUAAGUCCAGCCGGGAGGCAUGGCGGGAGAAGGAGAAAUAGUCCUGUCCCCAACUCCCAGCAGGCUGUCCAGGAAAUCAGCAGCCCAGGGGACGGAGAGGAGGGACUGCAGCCAACGGAGAGUAAGCACUGAUGUGGACAGGAGUGUGCCAGUAUCUUGUUUGAAGGAAUGGAGGACAAUUACAGUCCUUUCUAGAUGAGAUUCUUGGGGCUUUCCUGGGGUUGCAGUUGCUUUAGAACACCACUUGACAGUUGUGGGGAGACCGAGUGGACAUGGCAGGGAAGGAAGGCCUUUCCAGGCCAGAAUUCAGGGCUUUGUUUUCCCCCUGCACCCUCUGAUGGGAUGAUCAAUUGACAGGUGGCAGAUUGAGGGAGCUCUGAAGAGGAUCCUGCAGCAGCAUGGGGCAGUGGCCUAGAUAAGAAGAGAGGGGAGGGUUGUUCUUCCUCCAGUAGUGAUGUGUGAAUGUUCAAAAAGCUAAGAUGAUUUUCUAGCUCCUUGUUUCUGCGCAGCUGGGCUGGAAAUCCUAUGGGCUCUCUAGGUACCUGCAUGGUCUGUCACCAUAAUUCAUAGGAGUUAAAAGUAUCAAAACAAUUUCUCCCAAACCCUUUUCACUGUGUGUGAAAUCUCAGAGGGAGGGCUAAGCUGAACGGCUACAGCUUGCAUUUGGCUCUUAACCUGUGAGGCCUGUGGUCUCAUCUCUUGCAGGCCUGAGGGGCACCUUCCAAUUCCUGCCCUUGUGAGUUUUCUUCUGCACUUAUGAGCUUCUUAGGGGCUGACACGUUAAUUGUCCCAGAGGAACAUAGUUGUGAUGGGAGGGCAUGGUGAUGGACUGAGAUGAACUCUUGGGUAGGUUGAGCCAAUCCAUGGGGGGGAGGGGUUGAAUAUCAGGACAGAAAGCUUUAAUUGGAUGCUUUUUGGAAGAGAGCUAAUGCAGAGCAAAGGGGUGAGGUUGAGGGAGCUCUAUCAGAAUUUUCAGUUUUGUUCCUAGAUGUAAUAAGUUGCAGUAAUUAAGUCUGAAUCACAGUGACCUGGUCUGUGUCUAAGAGGAUGGUGUGGAAUCUUCUGACCAGCUGCAGUGAGGAAGUGGCUGUCUUGCAGAUGUGGCUCUUGGGCAUCUAAAAGGAGUAAAGAGUCCAGCAGGCUCUGGAAGCUGUGAACCCAAUUAACAAUCUGUGGACAGACUUCUGUGCCAUUCUGUGCUCCUGUCUUGGAGCAGCCUUUGCCAUGAGGACAAGAACAGGAGGAAAGUGGGCAAAAGAAGUGACUUGGACUUCUUGAACCUCAGAGAAAAGUUGGUUGCAGGGGGACAGUCUGAAAUAACUGGCUAUGAAAUGCUGAGACUGAGACCCCCAUCUUCUAGGAAGGCGUGUGGAAUUUCAGCAAGUUAAAAGGCAACAAAAUCUGAGGAAUCCAGAUAUGUUCCUCUCCAUAGUGGGGAGAAGACAAACUCUGUGUGGGGGCAGCCAUCAGUUGGGAACUAAGUGUGGCCAGACCUGCAUUGGUUUCCAUUUGUUCUGCAGGCUGGGAAGUGCAGCAAAGCCUGCAGGCAAGAAUCCCGAGUUUAGGGUUUUGGUUUGUCACCAGUAGGAAAACUGCUCAGCAGAUAAUCUUACCCCGCUGGGCAUUUGAGCCUGUGACACUUGGUGUCACCAUAAAAGUCAUGAUGUGAUGAAGUGCCAUCACCUAUGUUAUGUCCAGUUCCCACUUGCAGCACCCAUGGCAGAGAUGGCAGCCAGCCCUUUCUCCUUGGAUUAGCUCUGUCUGUGUCCAGUUCUGUAUAGCAAGUGAACUCUGCUCUAGCUGCUGAGUGAUUUAUUUGAAUUACCAUAGGAGCCCCAGUUGUGGAGCAGGACCCCACUGUGCUAGGUGCUGUGCAAACACAGAACAAAAAGAUGGUGCUUGCCCCCAAAAAGUUCCAAUCUAAAUACCAAUAAAGUCUGAGUUAACGUUUGCAUUCUAUCCCAGCGUGUGCUCAGACGCAGAGCCAGAGGUUUAGAUGGGCCUACAUCCUGGACUGAGUUCUGUUCUAAACUGUAUUUUGUUGCCCUUCAGGGCAGCAUGCUGCCUCUUCUCUCCUCCAGUCUGACUUCCCCACUUCACUGCACUGCAACUCCUCUCCCAAGUCCUUCGUGACACCUCCUCAGGCCAGUGGCCUGACACAGAUGAUCGUUCCUUCCUGGGCGCCUGCAGGUCAGUGCUCUUCUGAGUGAUCCUUCAUCAUGUCCUCCCCUUCCCCUCUGGCAGAGCUGCUCAGAGGUUUUUGCUUGGCCCCAUAACCUGGCUUCCUGUAUUUCCCACCUGUAAUCACUCCAAAGACUGCCAGCAGUGGCAACUGAAAAUCAUUUACUAUCCUGCUGUUCCAGCCACAUCUUCCUUCAGUAUGGCUUCCUUUCUUCUACAUGUAACUCAAACUUCAUCACCACUCAUCUCCUGCCUACAUAUCUUCUCUCCUUCCCUCCCCCCGCCGCUGCCAUGCUCUGUUUUGACUAAAAGCUUUUUUCCUAACCACUCCCUUUCUCUCCAUCCUGUUCCUCAACCAUGGGUUGAAUUGGGCAGUUCAUCAAGCUGGUAUGUUGUUUUUGAAUGUGAACUGAAUGCAGUGAUGUCUGUGUCUGCAGACAAUCUGGAACAGCACAUCAGAGAAAUGUGAAUUGUCCUCUUUUUUCAGUGCUGUUUUAGCUCUAAAACUGACCAAUAAUUUAAAUACCAAAAUGUAACUAUUUAAUUGCUGAUCAGUACAUGUAAGAAAGGAGGAGGAAUAUCAUAGUAUGAAGAUCUGUACAAUCUGCUGUAAGUGAUAACUUAUCUUGGUU